AAACUUAGGGUGACAUUUUUUUGCCAAAAGCCAGGCAGUAUGGACCUCACUCUUCUGUGGGUGCUUCUGCCACUGGUAACCACAGCCUGGGGCCAGUACGGGGACUACGGAUACCCGUACCAGCAGUACCACGACUACAGUGAUGAUGGCUGGGUGAAUCUGAACCGGCAAGGCUUCAGCUACCAAUGUCCCCACGGGCAAGUGGUGGUAGCCGUGAGGAGCAUCUUUAGCAAGAAGGAAGGCUCUGACAGACAAUGGAACUAUGCCUGCAUGCCCACGCCCCAAAGCCUCGGGGAGCCCACGGAGUGCUGGUGGGAGGAGAUCAACAGGGCUGGCAUGGAAUGGUACCAGACUUGCUCCAACAAUGGACUAGUGGCCGGAUUCCAGAGCCGCUACUUUGAGUCAGUGCUGGAUCGGGAAUGGCAAUUUUACUGCUGUCGAUACAGCAAGAGAUGUCCAUAUUCCUGCUGGCUGACAACUGAAUAUCCAGGCCACUAUGGGGAAGAAAUGGACAUGAUUUCCUAUAACUAUGACUACUACAUCCGAGGAGCCACGACCACUUUCUCUGCAGUGGAAAGGGAUCGCCAAUGGAAGUUCAUAAUGUGCCGGAUGACGGAUUAUGACUGCGAGUUUGCAAAUGUUUAGAUUUGCCACCUACAGAAGUUUGGGUGAAGGGCAAGGGGCCAGGCGUCCUGAGGGUUUCAUACCAUAUAGACUAAUAUUACUUAGAA